AUGGUCGCCCCAAAGAAAUCGAAUCGAUCCCAUACACCAAAGAAGGCACCUGCUGCCUCACAAGUUUCAAAGAAACCGGUCAAGGCCAAUCAAAGUAUUCUUAGCUUUUUCAAGAAAGCUGAGAAGCAUGAAGCCUCUCUUUUUCUAGGAGCUGCCCCGGACGCCAUCGAGACCGAGGAUCUCUAUACCGCCGAUGACGCUGACAACUUGGUUCGAUAUAAUGAAGCCGAAUCGCCGGUCAAGAGGCGUAAACUCAGCCAAGAACCUGAGCCAAUAACUAAGACAGAGGCAUCAAUCAAAAGUGAAGAGGUGGUGAUAUCAGAAGACCGCUCAUCCCCAGUCAAGGAUGAUGGCGAGCCUCGCCGGAAGCCAACAAAACCCAAAAUUAAGACGCCCUUCGUGAUGGAUUCGGACAGCGAGGAUGAACCUGAAGACGAGGCCAAAACCGCAAUCAACAAGCCUGAAAAGACUGGCCAAUGUACGGAGUUUACCCCACCUCGCAAGGUCCGGACGGACGGUUUUACUAAGGACGAUAAAAAGAAAGAGACAGAUAACAGGACCCCAACCUUGAAACAGGAAGAUUCGAUAUAUCAGCAAUUUAGCGAUCUCGGAGAAAUAGCGGACGAAGAAUUGAACGACUUGAACAACCUUGAGGGAGAAGAAAUGCGGGUGAUGCGCUUAAUGAAGGAGCAAGCCCGAGCGGAGGCGGAGGAAGCAGGAAUCUCGAGUGAGGACCUGGCUGACGAUCCCCUCGACGAUGAUUCUAUGACCGAGAGCUGCCCUAUUUGUAAUGGUAGUCUGGCAGGGAUCUCGGUAGAUGAGGCAACGCGGCAUGUUAAUUCAUGUCUUGACGGACACCCAAUUCCCUUGCCCAAGAAGGAGAAAUCAACGCCAGAGAAAAGCAUAGCACCGAAGCAGGAUGCUACACCCGAAAUUGAAUCAGCCAGCUUAAGUACAAGAUUUGCACGAGCUGCCGUUCCCAGACCCGGUCAAGCCAACCCCAUCGAGAUAAAAAGUUCUGGUCCUGCAUCAAAAUCGGCCUUUUCUAAACUCAUGUCCAACAAUGCUGAAGAUUCAGCUUGGCAGGAGGCUGCCGCCGCCGAAAAUGCAUCUCGAGGAAAGCAAGCUUAUGAGCGGACAUGUCCUUUUUAUAAGAUCAUGCCUGGAUUCUCUAUUUGUGUGGAUGCGUUCCGUUACGGUGCUGUGCAGGGCUGCAAAGCAUACUUCUUAAGUCAUUUUCACAGUGAUCACUACAUUGGCCUAACGGCAAAAUGGUGUCAUGGGCCUAUAUAUUGCAGCAAGGUUACUGGCAGUCUUGUCAGGAAUCAACUUCGUACUGCAGCAAAGUGGGUUGUGGAGCUUGAGUUUGACAAGUCCUACGAUAUUCCAGGGACUGAAGGUGCAACAGUCACUAUGAUACCAGCCAACCAUUGUCCAGGAAGUUCCCUCUUUCUUUUUGAGAAGACGAUGAAGCAAGGGGCCAACAGCCGUGUGCAACGUAUAUUACAUUGCGGAGACUUUCGAGCUUGUUCUGCCCAUGUCACGCACCCUCUCCUCAAACCAGAGAUUGUCGAUUCCAUCUCUGGAAGUACCAAACAACAAAAGAUUGACAUAUGCUACCUGGAUACCACAUAUCUCAACCCACGAUACUCUUUUCCACCCCAGGAUGACGUUAUCAAGGCAUGCGCUGACCUUUGUGGUUCCAUGUCUCCUGAUCCCAACUGCAAGGAUGACAUCUGGGAAAAGGCAGGAGGGACACCGACUGUCAAUAAGUUUUUUGCACGCACAAAACCCGACGAGUCAGGGGAUGUCAACGGCACCAAGAAGCCUCCUCAACGGCUGCUCGUGAUUUGCGGCACUUAUUCGAUUGGCAAAGAACGCAUAUGUAUAUCUAUUGCUAAGGCACUCAAGUCCAAAAUAUUCGCAUCACCGAACAAGAUCAAGAUCUGCAAACAACUUGACGAUCCUGAACUCUCAGCGCUUCUCACAGCUAAUCCGCUUGAGGCACAAGUGCACAUGCAAAUGUUAAUGGAGAUUCGUGCAGAGACACUCCAAGAAUAUCUCAACAGCUACAAACCGUACUUUAGUCGCAUUGUUGGAAUGCGCCCUAGCGGAUGGAAUUUCCGGCCAGCAGGCAAAUCAAUCGGCGCCAACACUCCACCUGGCAGUAUCCCAACCCAGCAGAUUCUUCACGAUAAAAACUGGCGAACACGGUUUGGAUAUAAAGAUUUUAUUCCGCAGAGGGGCAGCACUAAGGAAGCCAUGUGCUUCGGGGUUCCAUAUUCAGAACACAGUAGUUUCAGAGAGCUAGCCAUGUUUGUUAUGAGUCUGAGGAUUGAAAAGGUUGUGCCAACGGUCAACGUGGGGAGUGACCAGUCACGAAAACGGAUGAAGGGUUGGAUAGACCGUUGGCUGUCAGAAAGAAGGCGAGCAGGGUUGGUGAGGCCGCUUAUUGAAGGCGAAGACAAUAAGAUCUCUGAGGAGGAACUGUGGGAUGGUAAAUCCGGCAACGCAGGAGGAGCAUAUUGGUAA